UUCGCUCAUGCUGCGCGUGUGCACCUCGAUCCGCUCCUCUUGCCUCCACACUCUUGUGAGUGGGAGUCGUUGGUUGAGUGACCGUCCUCGUAGAGACUCGUGACGGUGACUCUUCAAGUACAGAAGACUUGCACCUUCUACAUGCGUUCGCAACCUCGCCUCUCAUCCUCUCUCGCUUCGCGUGUGGUAGCGCGAGUCGCUCUUGUCAAAUUGUCGACACGCAAUGCUGGCAACACCGUCCCGCCUCGCUCGCCGGAACGGCUUCUCUGCUGAGGUCGCGGCGAUGCAUCAACGUCCGACUUUGAACCUACCUCUCGCGAGGAUCGGGCCUCGCGGGUACUCUACUGGCGCCGCUUUGGGACUCUCCAUCAUCUCAGCAGGCCCUUUGAGAUCUGUGCUCUCGACUCGCAAUGCGACACCUGCGAGAGGCCUAGCCACUUCUUCCUCGCCGUCAGUCGGAGCGGACGGCACAGUCACGCUGCCCUCUGCCCUGAUCGAGCAAACAUCCUCCUAUCCUCUAGUGCCUCUAGAUCUCAAGCUCGAAGCGGAGGAGCGGCUGGGCUUCUUGUACUUUGAUACCAUGUUUCCAAUCGAACUCAACGUCGCGGAUCCACGGCGAUAUUUGGUCAGCGUCCAAGGAGAGGCGCUACUGCAAAGACUGCAAAACAGUUUGCCUGCUUCUGAGGAAGUUGGCUACGCCUUCAGCAUUGUCGGGGUCGAGUCUAGAGCAAAAGAUGGAGGAGCCUUUCUGAGCUUCAAGUACAAGGCGUCUGGCGAAGAUGAGGCAAAAGUGCUGAACAUCAUAGAGACGCGACUCAAGCAGGGAGUCAAGUCAGUGUAUGCUCCCAGCAUGCUGCUCGUGGCUUCUUGGGCGCGUCCACCUUCCGUCCAUGUGGUACGAGGUCAGCCAUGGAGGGAGGACCUCGCUCGAUUUCCGGCGCGCCAGAUCCGCAUCGAGUUUGAAGGCGGGCCGGCCCCCGACGAGCAGACACUUUGGGAGACGUUAAGACCCUACGGAAGGCUGCUCAGCCUAAAAGUCGACAAGAAAGAGGGAUCUGCCAUUGCUGGCUUCUCGACCAUGAGAGGAGCAACGAGCGCUAGGAAUUGCGCGCAUGGAGCAACUUUGAGCAGCGGGGCGAAGCUGAUCAUCAAUUACCAACCCGCAUUCCGCGCUCACAAGGCGUGGGAAUGGAUUUCUAGUCAUCCGCGUAUCGUGCUUCCUUUCCUCGCGCUUACACUUGGCACGAUCACGUACUCUGUCUUCAACCCCGUCAGGGAAUUUUUCGUUGAGCGGGAAUUGGACGGGUCGUUCCGAUUGGAAGACUAUCGGCUAUACACGUGGUUAAAGACCAAUACUCUCGAGCUAUUCAGUCGCUGCGAAGGUGCGGAAGAUGGCAACGCGUGGUGGGAACGUGGCAAGUCGGUCGAAGAGAUCAGAGGCUGGCUGCGAGAGACGCCUUCGACAUUUAUCACUAUCGCAGGUCCUCGAGGGUCGGGCAAGCAUCAAUUGCUGGACGGUGUGCUCACGAAGGAGGUGUCGCACUUGCGCAUCAACUGCGAAGCUAUUGCUAGGGCAGCAAAGACGGAUUCGGCCCUGAUAGGAGCUCUAGCAAACGAGCUGGGCUAUUGGCCAGUCUUCAGCUGGAUUAGCUCCGUGAACAACCUAAUCGAUAUCGGAGCACAGGGUCUCAUAGGCAGCAAGGAACCCAUCUUUGCCACGCCUGUGGAUGCACAGCUGAGGCAAGUUUUGGAGACGGCUACAGCAGCUUUGGUGCACACCAACUCGAACAAACAAAAAGCUAAAGCAAAGGAAGAAAAACGUCGCUUGGCCAAGAAACUGUCACCGGACGAGCAGAGCAAAGCGCAGCAGACCGCAUCCUCGGACGGCGAAUUUGACGCUCCUGUAAUCGUUCUUGACGGCUUCUGCCACAAGGGCCUCAAAAACGAGAUGGUGUGGGAUGUGCUUGCGGCUUGGAGCGCGGAGUUGACGCAGUCCCACAUUGCCCACGUCAUCUUCGUCAGCGACAACCCCGUCGCGCAAGGCAAGACAUUGGGGCGCGCCUUGCCGAAUGUCCCAUUCCAAUCUGUGGUUUUGGCGGAUGCAGACCAAGAAAGAGCGCAAGAGUAUGUUCGGAAGAAGCUCGAAGCUCUGCAGCUUGCCGCUCCUAGUCCUGCUCCGGACACACCGGGCUAUUCACCCGCUGUCAGAGGCGCGGAGCUGGAUCAGGCGACCGUGCGAUCCAUCGAUGUGCUGGGCGGACGAAUGCAGGAUCUCGAAGCUCUUACCGAAAAGCUUGGACUUGGUCAGAAUGUCCCGGACGCAGUCGAGGAUAUUGUCACGCGAACAGUUGUCGAGCUUCGGAAGAACGCGUUUGGGGAUGACUUGGAAGAUGCCAAGUCUCUGCCCUGGAAGCGAGGUCAAGCAUGGACCAUCGUUGAGCAGCUCUCUAAGGGAGACGAGCUUGCAUAUUACGGGCUCUUGCAUGACGCUUUCAAGGGCGACGAGGCUGCUGUCAAGGCUCUGGAGCAAGCUGAGAUCAUCUCUGUCAAGCAUGCGGACGGUAGACCAUCAAGUAUUCGGGCAGGCAGGCCGGUGUUGCGAGAGGCUAUGCGUAGGCUCGUCUCAGAUGAAGUCUUUGCAAACACCCAGCGAUUGCUAAGCGCCAACGAAGGCAUUGAAAGCACUGAGAAGCUAGUGCGCGACGUCGAGAAGGAGUUAAGCGAACUAUCGGCGCUAGGCAGCGCCGGCAGUGGCGCGACGAGGAGGAGGAUGGAAUACCUGCUGACGAAGCUGAACAUGCACCAAACAAAGAUUGACACGCUCGACUCUUUGGCAGAAAGUCUCAAAAAGCAACUGAAUCAGACCAAGGGCUGAAGCGAAUCAGUCGUAUACUGGCUUGCACAUCUUGGCAAGCAGACCUGACCGUGCUCGAGACCCUGCUUUGUUUCUGAAUGCCCGCACACCACACUUUGCUCCAACGACUGGACUUGACUUUUCUGUGGUCGUCGCGAGACCGUAUCAUUCCCAGUGUGCGCCCCGUGUGCGAAGGACGUGGUGCCAGCGCCACCUCUUGUCGGGGCUGCCCCACUGCGGCCUGCACCGAUCGGCAGGAGGUGGCCUGUAGCUCAGCAGGGGCCAUGAGAGUGACAAGCCCAACGAUAGAGACAAACCGCUAUACAUGUGAUCGCGUCACGAAGCCGAAAGCGUUCUCGACACGGGCCUUUUGGCACGUUCUGAAUGACAAUUUGCACCGACGUGGAUCUUGGAUAAUCG